AGUUCCAUCUCCACUUCUUCACUCCAGCCACGAGUUUGAGUUUUUUGUUUUAACUGCCAGAGCGCUUUUUGUUAGGGAAGCCAUUUCUUCCCCUUGCUGUAGAGUUAAAAAAAAUAUAUUAUUGAGCUCAGAAUAGCAGGAGCGCAGUUGGAUAUAACGUCUUUAUACAACUUUUGAUUGUUUCACCAUUUUGUUAGGGGAGAAUUUUUCCAGUCUUGCGACUGAACGUUUUCUUUUUUUCUUCCGUCGGGUUAUUUGCGUGUUCUCGUUAAUUAUGGAACCGAGAAUGGAGAAUUAGGCUCGUGCCCGAAAGCGCGCUCCCUUUGCGCGUGCUUGGGAGUCGGUUCGGUUUCCCAGGUUCGGGUUCUGUAGUGCGCGCUCACGCCGGAGGUUCCGCCACGAUGGGAUGUGGACUGCGGAAACUGGAGGAGCCUGAGGACAGCAGCCCGGGCAAAAUUUACUCCACCCUGAGGAGACCACAAGUGGAGACCAAAACCGACACCGUGUACGAGUACGUGCUGCUGGACUUCAGUUUAGAAGGUAGUCGCCCCACCGUGCAGUAUCUGUCCUCUCUGUGUGAGCUGCCUCAGGCACUGCAGCCCUAUUACACUCAGGGCUACGUGCUGGUAGCCUUGCAUCCCAUCAUCCUCUCUGUUGGCCGCACACGAUCCCUGCCCUGCAGCCUGCUCUACCGGGCCAUCCUGACCAGACAACGACCCAGUAAGCAUGCAGUGGCCAUGGUUUACAGUGUGCCAGUGCUAAGGGUUGAGGAGUGGCCACUGCCCGGAGAUUCCCUGACCGGCGACACUGUGAGAGCACUUAUAGACCGGGUCAACUGUAAUGCUCGGGGAGGUGUACGCUUUGUGGGCUCUGUGCUUCAACAGGCAGGAGCAGGGAGGUGUAACACCAGAGUGUCGAGUCCCAGACGGAGCUGUCGCUCCCCACCACACACUCCACCAGGAGACAGAGACAUGGAGGACAGUGGAUAUAGUCCAGGUUACACAUCUCAAAGCCCCAUACAGCACCAACUCAGUCAGUAUCUGAGAUUGCUGGUGCUCUUUCACUCCUGGGCUCCAGGCUGUGCUCCGCUAGACCCGCUAGCCUGCAGUUACCACCAAGGAGCACUCUCCAUGCGCGUGUCCAGGAAGGGCCAAGUUGUCAGCAGUCUGGAGGCUGAUUGGCUCGAGCUAACUGCAGCUUACUACCGCAAAGGCUGGUCAUUAGUGGACUCGUUUGUGUACUGGGAUACACCGAAAGGUGAUCCAGUGCCCAGAUCCUUAGAGGGGCUGUUUGUGUAUGAGGAGAGAAGCCCUGCAUCUCCUGCCAAUGACACCAUCGUUGUUGAGCAGUGGACUGUUAUUGAGGGCUCUAACGUGAAGACGGAUUACGGGCCACUCCUUCACACUCUUGCUGAGUUUGGCUGGUUACUAACGUGCGUACUGCCCACACCCAUCAUUCGCCAUGACAGUGAGGGAAAUCUUGCCACCAAACAAGUGGUGUUCCUGCAGAGGCCUGUUAAAACCCCCUCGAUCCGACAGAACAGCCAGGGGAGCUGCACUCGGAGAGAGAAGGUGAGCCACUCUAUGAAUCGAGGGAUUGGAGUGGCUCACAAAGAGGAAGAGCUUUCCCCUAGUACAGGGGGUGUUGUGGGAUUCCCUCUGUUUGGAGGGGGUUAUCCUAGUGCCCUGUCGCAGCUGGAGGAUGGCGGCUUCGAGCAAGAUGACGGGGCAGGUGAAGUCACCUGUAUGUGACGGUCCCACACAGCAAAAAUAUACAACAGAGAACUGAAUCUUCAGUGCUCAGCUCUGUGCUAUAGAAGAUUUUAUAUCACUAACAGAUUAGGUUAAGCUUUCUUACUUUUACCCGCUCCCUGUAUAUUCUUAUCUAGUUGAAUGUUUAGCACUUUUGAUAUUUUUUGUAAAAAGACAAUUUCUUAACGAGGUGGAUUUCAUCUCGUAUUUUAUGGUUUUUAGAUCUAUAAGUUGACAAGAUGCAUAGCACACAUCCAUCCCACAAUUAUGUUGUUCUCACAAAGGCUUCCCACACACAUCUGCACUGUUCGCACAAUUCUCACUUCCUGUUGUUCUUUCUUGAUCCUCACUAAUUACACAUCACUCAGCGCCUCUUGUCCUCCUGACACCUGCAAAGCCUCGGAGCUACAUUCUGAUUUAUUCACUGAAGCUCAUCUUGGGCUCCUCUCCUGCUUGCUCUGAGAAGCGAACACUUCUAUUUGUGUAUUUCUUGCCUUUUUAUGGUACUGAGGAAGCCCAGACUGCAGUGAAGAGAGUCAGGAAAAAUUAACACCAUUUUUUUUUUGGAUCUUUUUAGGCCAUUUUUCAUAUGCAGUCCCCAUGUGGAACCUGGGGGAAAAAAUAAAACAGACUGAAGGCUGCUUAUCUCAGUUUGCAGUUCUGAACUCAAGUGGUGCUACAGAAGGGCUUUUUUUAAAUAGAUUUUUUGUUGUACACUCACAGUUCAAAAAGGUGACAUGCAUUUUGUAAUUCUUACAAAUUCAUGGAAAUUGUUUGUCAAAUACCAGUGAGAACUAACUACACACUCGUUCACUUUAUUAUAAACAUUAAGUGUUGUGUUGUUGGCAGAAUCAAAGCGAAUGUGUCAUAGUAUUGACUUUGUACAGCAUGAUGCAUUAUUUUAAUUCUCUUGGUGACUGAUUUUGCUUUAAAUUACUCUAUAAAGGAAAAACAGGUUGUAGAAUAUUAUGCUGUAUAUAGGAUUAAUAAGCCAUGACAUGCUGCGGUUCUUUUUAAAGUAACCAGUAUAAACUACCAUUGAUAGUAUUACGUGUUAAAUGAUGUAACUCACAACUUGUUGGAAUGAAUAUUUUAUUAAAACAGUUAUUCCCUCA